AUGAAGGAGCGGCGAAGGAGCUCACUUCCACGACAUGGGAAAGGAUCAUGGGAUGAGGAAAAGAAAGAAAAGGUGCAAGGUGAGGAGAUAUCAAGAGGUAGAAUAGGUGAAAUGAGUUCAAAGGAAUUAGUUAAGACACGCUUCUUUAGCACAUGCCACGGAGUGAAGUUGGAAGGUUCAAUGAACUACGCGAAGGGGAAAUCUUGGGCGCUAUUUUUUUCUAUAUACAAGUGGCGUAGGCAAAGUUGUGGCGAUUCGUGGAGUAGACAGCGAUCUCCGCUUGAACAAAAAGCAGCAAGCUGCAAGCAUUACUCCAAAAUCAGUGAGCUCCGCAACAAAACUAAUGAUUUUGUUCCUUCACGUGGUGUCAGACAAGGGGACCCGUUAUCACCAUACCUCUUUGUACUGGCUGUUGAGCGGUUGGGUCAUCUGAUACAAAGUGAGGUUGAUCUAGCAUACAUGGAACAAGUGGGUACUGUGAAAGCUAUACUAGAUAACUUUUGUGAAGUGUCGGGGGGCCUCCAAAUCCAGGAUUUUAUUCUCACAGAAUGUGCACCAAAAGGAGAUCAGCAAUUUUCUUUACUUCCAACAAGGGAUGCAAGCAAAGCAAGGAAAUAA